AUGGCAAAAGUAUACAGACGGCGAGGCACCAGAGAGAGACAAGUUGCCUGGCGAGUGGAAGAACAAGACUCCCUUACAACGCCUUUGUAUCAUGCGGGCGCUGCGCCCCGACCGCAUGUCAUAUGCCUCGAGUACGUUCUGCGAAGAGAAUCUUGGCACGAAGUACGUUGAAGCACGAACUCCUCCGCUUGAGAUAUCGUACAAGGAAAGCACCUCCACCACUCCGAUGUUCUUUAUCCUGUCUCCGGGAGUCGAUCCUCUAAAGGAUCUAGAGAAGUUGGGUCGCAAAUUAGGCUUUUCUACCGAUAAGAAGAAUUUCCACAUAGUGUCUCUGGGUCAAGGCCAAGAAGUAGUAGCCGAGGAGGCGAUGGGAGUAGCCUCCGUGAACGGACACUGGGUUAUCCUGCAGAAUAUCCAUUUAGUAGCCAAGUGGCUUGCUACGCUUGAGAAGAAAAUGGAGGAGACAUUUGAGAACCCGUUGCCCGAAUACAGGUUAUAUUUGAGCGCUGAGCCAGCGGCAUCAGCAGCAUAUCAUAUUAUCCCACAAGGUAUUCUAGAGUCUGCCAUCAAAAUCACCAACGAGCCGCCCAUUGGGAUGUGGGCUAAUUUGCACAAGUCUCUAGAUAACUUCAGUCAGGAAACCCUUGAGAUGUGCAGCAAGGAAGCAGAAUUUAAGUCAAUUCUCUUUGCACUUUGCUAUUUCCACGCUGUAGUGGCUGAAAGACGCAAAUUCGGCCCACAAGGCUGGAACAGAGUGUAUCCAUUCAACUUUGGUGACCUUACCAUCUGCGUGUACGUUCUGUACAAUUACCUAGAGGCAAACCCAAGAGUGCCAUGGGAGGAUUUGCGUUACCUUUUCGGAGAGAUCAUGUACGGUGGCCACAUCACCGACGACUGGGAUCGACGUCUGUGUCGCACCUUCUUAUUGGAGUACAUGCAGCCAGAGCUGGUUGACGGAGAAAAUCAACUAGCACCAGGCUUCAUCUCGCCUCCGAAUUCUGACUACGUUGGCUACCACGCUUAUAUUGACGACUACCUGCCUGACGAAACGCCCUACUUGUAUGGGUUGCAUCCUAAUGCUGAGAUUGGAUACUUGACCACCGUAUCUGAGCGACUUUUCAAGGUCGUAUUUGAAAUGCAACCACGUGACGCCGGUGCUCAGGCUGGUGGUGGUGCUACAAAGGAAGAACUGGUGCGAUACAUUCUAGAUGAUAUCUUGGAUAGGGUGCCAGAACCAUUCAAUCUUCAAGAGCUGAUGGGCAAAGUGGAGGAAUUGACUCCAUACACCAUUGUGGCACUGCAGGAAUGCGAGCGUAUGAACCGUCUCAUGGGUGAAAUACGCAGAUCGUUGAAGGAGUUGGAACUCGGACUCAAGGGUGAGCUGACGAUCAGCAGCGACAUGGAGAAGUUGAUGGAGUCUUUAUUUAUGGACAAUGUGCCGGAUUCAUGGACGAAGCUGGCUUACCCCAGUCUCUUGGGUCUGGCUGCUUGGUUCUCUGAUCUCUGUCUCCGGUUGACCGAGCUCGAGAACUGGUCUGGAGAUUUCAAUUUGCCGCCCGCGGUGUGGCUGGCGGGCUUCUUCAACCCGCAGUCGUUCCUCACGGCCAUCAUGCAGCAGACGGCGCGCAAAAACGAGUGGCCGCUCGACAAGAUGUGCCUCAACUGUGACGUCACCAAGAAGAGCCGCCAGGACUUCAAUGCUCCACCGCGCGAGGGCGCCAACAUCCACGGCUUGUACAUGGAGGGCGCGCGCUGGGACACGACGGUGGGCGGCAUCGUGGAGUCGCACAUGAUGGAGCUGUUCCCCGUCGUGCCCGUCAUCUACAUCAAGGCCGUCACGCAGGACAAGCAGGACACGCGCAAUGUGUACGAGUGCCCCGUCUACAAGAUCCGCAUGCGUGGCCCAACCUUCGUCUGGACUUUCAAUUUGAAGACCAAAGACAAACCGACUCGCUGGACUCUGGCUGGCGUGGCCCUCCUGCUUGGCGUCUAAACCCGUGCUUAUAGGGCUACUUAUUUAUUAAUUUAUUUUUAUUCUAGUUUUAAUUUUAUUACGCUGUUUUAUUAGAUUAUUACAAACGAUCA